UAUCUUAGUUUUCAUCUUUAUCAAAAGGCGCAUGUUAAAUAAUUACUAUAUAUGUUACCUCCAUAAUUCUCACGGACGCUUAUUCAACGCUUCGUUGAAAUAUCGUCUAUAAAGAUGCUUGUGACAACGGUUAUAUUCGUUUGCGUCUCUCUGACGUCAGCAGCAGAUUCAGCGUCACAGUUACGCUUCCUGAUCAAUGAGGAAACGACGUUACGUGAGACUUUAACGACGCGGGUUCAUGCUCUACGUCAGCGAAUGGAGGCUUUGGCGUCCACUAUAGUGCCGUGUUCGUGUACGACGCCCCCGCCGCCGCCUCCCGUCUUUCAGGUGGCGUACACGGGAACACUUCCUGCCACGGUGUCGGGUCUCACCACAAGCUCGGGUUUUAACUUCACAUCUGAUCUCAUAAACGUUGGGGCUCCGUUUACGUUCAACGACGGCCAUUUUCAAGCGCCAGUGUCCGGCAUCUACGGUCUGUCCUUGACCGCCUACGUCAGCAGCCCGUACUGGGUGUCGAUGCAAUUGAAGCGCAACAACGGUCCGGUUCUCUUGGUCAAGACCGGACAUUACACCAGUCGUCAGUUGUCCAUGGGAACCAACUUUGUUUUAGUCAACAUGACCCGGGGGGACGAGGUGUGGCCUGCCUACGAGACGGGGUCCACAUAUCUCUGGGCAGAAGGGAUCUCUACCGUCUCUGGAUUCCUCUUAUAUCAGUUGUGAAAACAAUAAAAUGGAAUCCGUAAUAACUUGUUGAUGUAUGUGAUUAUAGGAACUUUAAAAUACCUUACUUAUACAAGAAGAUUCUUCAUGAAUAUACAAUGUAGAUAAUGAUCGUAAAUCUUGCCGAUCAUAACUAACGGUUCAGAACGUGGCUUUUAGUCAACUAGCCGUGGAAAUAUAGUCUACACUCAGUACGGAAAUGAGACAAAUAGCAAUUUUCUAAUGGAAAAAUGGAUUUUAUAAUUUGUUUCUUUCCAAAAUGCAUUCAGGUUCAUUCCUGUCUAUUCCUCCGUCUUCAUUACUUCAACUCUGUUGCUUACGUAGACAAUUUAUCUUGUAAUGUUUUAAGCGAAUAAAAAAAUUAAUAAAAAAAGAA